AACAAAUGCAGCUUCCAAUUUCUCAAACCUCGGCAGGGUGUUCGGCGGGGUUUUCGUCGCUCAAGUCGCUACGUGAUUUCGAAGCUACUCAUGGCCCACUACCCAACACAUUUCCGAUUGACUUUGACAGCUUCAAUCGAGGCCUUCACGCAGCCCCGCAAGUUCCCCUGUUGGAUCGCGAGGUGGCGCGGGCCCUUCUUGCAUUAAUUCGGUUUCCAGCCACUCACUAUCGUGACAUUAUGAGCUCAUCUUCCCGCGAGAAGCCGCGGUAUCUGUUUAUCGCGGACCUGCUGGGUGGGCUGGUCCGCCUCAGCUCAGGACGCCUCAUGCUCAGCGCACUAGGGCUUGAGGAGGAGCAGGAGGCGGCGGCCUUUGACGAGGAGGAGGAGGAGGAGACUGAUGUCGCGGACCCCAGGCCCUGGCCGGGGCCGGUGGAGCUGGUGGUGCUUCGGUCCCCCACGGGAGCUGCUGUUGACCGUGUGUUGAGGGCCCGCCGCAUUGCGCUGGCCAACGGUCUGCUGGCUGGCCUUGAGGAGGGCUGCACGGCGGCCAUGCACGUGCAGGUCCAGGCGCUGGUGGGCUUCCGAGACCUGUGGCAGGCACUGGCCAGCGGCAUUGCACUGGCGCGUUCGAACGCCGCUGCCACCGCAACCACACCCGCCACACCCGCCGCACCCGCCACACCCGCCACCGCCGCCACCGCCACCGCCGCCACACCCGCCACACCCGCCACCGGCGGCGGCUAUCGGGCGGCACCGGUGCAAGUGGUGGUGACGGACACCAAGGAUUGGUUCUUCCUCACCAUCCAGGCGGUGGGAGCCGCGACCACUGCCGGCGGAACUGGCAGCCGCGCCGGCGACCUCACCGAUGGCUCUCCCAUCGGCGGCAGCGCCGCCGCUGGCCUUGGCACCGCUGGUUGCGGUGGUGACGUGGCUGGCGUUGAGUUUGCAACCAGCAACGGCGAGACGUUCCGCAUGUCCAACUGCAGCUUUGUGCAAACCUCAGAGCUCCGCGGGGAAAGUCCCAACGCCGAGUGCCUGGUCCAGCUGAUGUACCGCCUCUUCACGGGCCUGUACCCGGACAUGGACAUCAGCAGCCUGCCCGCGGCCGUGCGCGAGGCCGAGGAGCGCACGCGCCAGGCCGCGGACGGCUGGCUGCAAGAGAUGAUGGACUCGCUGGAGCAGCAGCAGUCGCAAACGGCGGCCCUGCGUCGCCGCGUGCAGUAGCAGUUAAACAGCAGCAUCGCAGGCGCCGCGUGCAGUAGCAGUUAAACAGCAGCAUCGCAGGCGCCGCGUGCAGUAGCAGUCAAACAGCAGCAUCGCAGGCGCCGCGUGCAGUAGCAGUCAAACAGCAGCAUCGCAGGCGCCGCGUGCAGUAGCAGGCAGACUGCAGCAUCGCAUACACUGCCGAUAAAGCUGUCAGCGAGCGAGGCCCUCCGAAAGUCCCGAAUCUCGGCCCGCACCAGCAGCAGGGGAGCUGCGGGCCUGAGCCGUAUCCUGCCAGACCGCGACCCGCCCUUGCCUGGGAUCGCCAGCAGCAGCGUGCACUACACGGCAGCAGUGCACUGCGCGGCACGCAGCGGCGCCGUCAGCAGUAACCACGACAGGCAGCGCAGUGCCGUCCUCAUCACCAACAACAGCGGUGCACGCGGCAGAAGCGCGAGUAGCAACAGCAGCAACAGCCACGGCGGCAGCACUAGCAGAAGCAGUACCGCCGCCACCAUCACAGCGCUACCAUUAGCGCAGCCGCCCCACCCAGCACCUACGUGCGUCUCUGGCGCGGUGCAGAUGCUGGGAGGGUGACCCGGCGCCGCCAGGCCCCACAGCUGUUCGACCCUGCUGGCGGCUGGCCCCAGCCGCCAGCCAUCUGACAAUGCGGGGGACUGGUGCCCGGCGGACAUGAGCGAGCAGUAGCACCGCUAGCGCGGCCGCCGCCGGCUGCACGACGUCAGCGGUGUAAGCAGUCACUGACUGCUUACAAGCGGGCCGGACGCCGAGCAGUGACGCCAGGCCAUGGAAGCGGCAAUGGGCUCGCAGCGCAAGGCCUCCAGCUUUAAUUGUGGCCGCUCGCUGCUGGUCGGUGCGCUGAACUACCUGGCCACCAGCCAGCAUGCACCAGGUCCGACAUCGCCUACGCGCUGAGCCUGCUCGCGCCGCAGAUGGCGGCUCGUGCGAAGGGCGUGCUGCGCUACCUGUCGUACUCACGACAUGGGCCUGUGCUUCACCGCCAGCGCCAGCACCGGCAGUCACAGCAGUCGCAGCAGUCGCAGCAGCGGCAGUAGCAGCGCCGGCGGCCGUGGAGUAGGCUGCAGCGACAGCAACAGCAGCGCCGGCGGCCGGCGGCGACAACGCCAGCGCCUUUGUCGGCUUCUGUGAUGCGGACUGGGCUGGAACCCGUGACUUGCCGUUCGCAGACUGCCUGUGCCCUUCGGCUGCUGGCGGGUGCGGUGGUCAGCUGGAGCAGCGGCAGGCAGCGCCCUGUCGCUGUCUGCGCUGUGGAGUCGGAGUAUCAGGCCGCGGCCGCAGCGGCGGCCACCAACGAGGCCCUGAGGCUGCGCAAGGUGCCCGCCCACGACCUCGGCGUGGGCGUGGGCGGCGGAGCCAUCACCCUACUUUCGGAGUGACAGCCAGGGCGCGCUCAGCCUUGCCCGCAACCCAAUCAUCACUUCGCCCGCUGCUGUCGAAGCACAUCGACAUCCAGCACCACCGUGUGCCUGAGCGCGAGGCGCGCGGUGAGGUGGCGGUGAAGUGCUCGUUGUUGUUCGGUGUACUGCCCGACUGAGCUAGUCGCUGCAUGCGUGCUGACCAAGCAAGGCGCUGCAUGAGGCCAAGAGGUCAAGAUAUUCCACGCGGCUCUGGGCGUCAUGUGAGGGCUGAGGCCCGUAGAAGGGUUCGGUCAAGGACAGGGCAAGUCGCUGCGGCGACAUAUCUAGCACACCUGCCGUGGACAGGGAGUGACCAGGGCACCGGGGCAGCUGCAGUAGGUCAGCCAUGGAGCAACGGUUGCAUGCUGGGCUAACAAGUCAGCAGGGUUCUGCUGAGAGCAGUACUUGUGAGUCGCUGAAGACGGUACGGUGCUUCCUUUUGAGGGGGAGCUUACUCCCAGAGCCUCCCUGUGCUGUGCGGCGGUGCCUUCAGUGUUGUUGGCUGUUGCCGGCGGCGGUUAGCAGUUGGGCAUUUCGGCUAGAGCGGGAGUGUUGAUUGGUUGGGAGUGGCGGGCGGGAGACUCACGGCGGGGGCUUGCGGCCUGAACCACCUGAUGGGCGAGACGUGUGUGUGAAAUAAAGGUGUCGGCCCUGCAUGGGCAGGUUUGCCUCUGAAGGGCCGGCGUGUUGCCGGGGGCACUAUGACGCUGCUAGGGCGUGUUUUGGUAACUGCACACGCUGCUGACUAACCCCGCAAACUACCGUCAGCAUAGUGUGUGAGGCACCUAUUUGGGUUUGGACCUGCGCGACGAGCCGAUACGGUAUCUAUACAACACUGAGGGUGGGGGAGGGGGGGCGGCGCUGGAGGGGGGGGUCGAAAUGCUGCUGGGGGUGCAAAGGGGUGGUAUGGCCGGUGGUAUGGGGUAUAGGAUAGCCUGGGAUGCAGAGGGGUGGUAUGGGGUACAGCCGUACAGGAUAGCAAGUCGGUCCUAUCCUGGGGUGACCAGAGAAGUUGGUAGGAUUGUAAUACCCUACACCA